AUGCGAUUGUGUUAUAAAGCGCGAAAUAGUAGUUGGCUGGAACGAUGGCAAUUUACAGUUGCUGUAUGUCUGGAAGCAAUUGUUACAUUACUUGCAAAUUUUUUAAGAUAUUCCAUUCGUUAUUCGGCACACAGUGAUACAUUGAUGACGAUCACAUUUGUACAGUUACAUUUAACUGUUUCUAUUAAUAUUGUUAUUAUUAUUGCUCCAAAAUUUUACUUAGUUAGCUCCAGUAAGACAAAGCGUAUGCAAACAUUAGCAGGUACUGGCAGUAAAGCACAUCCAUCAUUAGCUAAACUUCGUGAUAAUUUAUUGAAUGGAACAAUUGAUUUCGCUGAAGUGCCCAUUGUUGAUAUGAAUCCGGAAGAUAUAAGGGCUGAACUGAAGCGAGUUUAUACGCAAUUGAGAAUGUACAAAUUGAAAAAUUUGUAUCAAGAUAAUCCGCAUAUCAGUAGACGAAAAGGUGGCAAGAAAUCAACCAGUGAUAAAAUAAUUAUUAAAAAUCGACGCCUUUCAAUACCUCCAUCAAGUUCGCCUAAAGUUAAAAGAGUAGAUGAGGACGAACGAAACGACUUAACCGUUGAAUCGGCUCCUCAUAAUGUUUUCCUUUCAACGUAUAAACUACAGCUAGAACCACAUCAGUCCGUACGUGUAUAA